CUGUGGUGUACGGAGAGUGUGGUUAGGGAUAGUUUUUUUUUCUCUAUUCGGUGUCCGUUGUGUGAACGUUCGCGAGUUUAAGUUCUGCUAUUCCGAACCGCGGGUUGUUUUUAUUACUGCUCAUGUAGUCAAAAUUGUUGUGUUGAAAAAACUCAUCAACUCUCAUCGCUUGGAGAAAAUCGAACAGUGUGGCGCGUUAUGGAUUUUGUCGCUCUCAUUUUUCGGUCUGCUCGUUCGCUGUGUCGCCGUGCGUGAUCGAUUUCACCUAGUUUCGAGCACGGAGUGAUGACCUCGGUGCGCCUACUGCGGGCGAGGACCGCUUUUUGACCACAAACAGAAACGAAUCAGUCGAAGAAAACUUGAUGCAAUAUUUUAUGACCGAUUGAGUGGAUUAAAAGGAAAAUCCUAUCGAGGGUGUAUCAGCGGCGUACCUAGUGACUAAGCAACGCAAAAGAAGUGAUGAUUGUGGAAAAGGAAAACAAAAACAACACCACUAACAACUAGUGGGAAAUCGAUCGAUGGAACGUAAAUUGAAUCCAAGGAAGAAAAUUUGAUCGAUAGAGCCUGUAGGUCGUUUGCUCAUAAACUUAGUUUCGGAAUUCGCAAUUAUUAAAUCAAGCUCGGAAGAGUAGAAAUCCGCAGUAGGUGUCGUGUUGAUUGAAUAAAAAGAUGCGAUCCAGUAUUUAUGAUCAGUGAUAACGCGUAAUGCGCCAUGGUGAAAUGCUUGGCAAGCCGAAAAAUGAGAGCGUGAAGAUACACGUGGCGGAUUAAUUGAACCGCGAACCAUCACAAACCACCCACACGAAUCGGAUGCCAUGUGACUAACACUGUACCGUGCUCAUCAAAACAGCAUUAUUCAUUUAACCUUCGUCUCACCUCUUUGCCAUAACGUCAUAGUGAAACUGUGGGCUCCCAAUUCGAAUUUCCACGAAACCCCCUAACAACAACUAAACUGUGUGUGUGCUCGUGUGCACGGCCGUGCUCCGGCCCUGACAAAAUUGGUUUCUCACUGUUGUUCCGACCCCCGUGCGCCAUCCUGAAUGGAUAAGCACAGCAGGUCCAAACCGACGCUAGAGGACUACAUCAUCGACAUGGAGACGCGGCCGCCCGACAGCGGUCAGAUCUCCGACAAGGACGUCUGGGCCCAGCUGCACCAGAAGGAGGCCGACCUGCUGCUGGCGGCCGAACUGGGCAAGGCGCUCCUCGAGAAGAAUGAGGAACUGAAGAAGCAGCAGGAAAAACUGAUCGACGACUACUCGGUGAAGCUGGAGAAAUUGGAACAAGAGAAAUACAUUCUGAAACGACAACUGGAGAGCACCUCGAGCGAAAACGAUGCCGUCAUCCUGGAACUGCAAACCGACAUCAAGCUGUUCAGGCAGAAGCUCGAACUGCAGGAACAGCUCAUGCGCCAAAUGGAACGUGAGAAAAAUCUACUCAUCGAAGAGCUCACCGCCCAGAACACUCGCCUGUCCAACGAGCUGAAGAAAGCCAACGUCACCGAACUGCAGCUAUCGACCCAGCUGCAGGAAAUCAAAGAACAAUGCAACCGGCGAACGCUCAGCAUACAAGACCACGUGAGCAGUCUCGAAAGUCUGAAACACGAACUGCGGAUGAUACUCGAGAAAAAAAAUGACCUGGAGAACCGGUUGCACAUGACGGCGAGCGAGAAGGAAAACCUCUCGGUAGCGCUGAACGAAGCUUCCGAGCGGAUACACAUCCUGGAGCGGAGCACCAAGGAGCAGGACACCAAGUACCAAAUGACGGUGCAGACGCUGGACCGGCUAGAGCGCGAAAAUGGGACGCUGAGCGAGCGGCUCGAGUCAUUCGAUAGCCAGAGGUCGCACACCAGCGAUCAGAACCACUCGUCGCUGCUGCAGGAGAUGAACGGCGAGGACGAUUCGAUGAUGGUGGACGGCACCGGUGGCAGCAACGACGAAGCAACGAUCCUGCUCUACAAGGAAGCACAGUCGGUGUACAAACAGCUGAAGACGCUCUGCCAAACGCUGCGGAGUACGCACCACGAUGAUGAUUCGGGUCUUCACUCGGACAUGUCCUUCUCAUCCUUGGACAAUACAUCAUCGUCUUCGCCCCAAUCGGUUGACGCCGGUUUGGGUCCAUCGGCGGGCCCUUCGCCACACACGAGUGGUCCCGUGGGAAUCAACGGUCGGGAGCCAGAGAAGUUUCACCGAGGAAUGCUGUCGUCUGCGGCAGAUGAACUGGUUCACAUCAUCAUGAACAUGGACGCUAUGCAGUUCAAGACCAUGUUCGAGCAGACUCGCUCGAUGCUAAUCGAUCAGGAGGAAGAUAUGAAAAAGAAGUCCGAUCGGAUCAUGCAGCUGGAGAGCAAGUUGUCUGUCCAGGACAUUGAACUGCAGAGUGCAAUCGAGGAGCGCAACCAAGCUCGAAACGAUGCGUCGGACUCGACCAUGGCACAGGAUGAAACGGUGGUUCAAGCUCGUAAAGAUCGGGACGCUGCAAUCGAACGGAGAACCAAGGCCGAGGUUGAACUGGCGAAGAACCGGGUAGAGCUUAUGCAGGCCAACAGCCAACUGCUGGAGGCCAUCCAGCAGAAGGUGGAACUGCUGCAGCAGCUCGAACAGUGGCAGAUCGACAUGCACGAGCUGAUCGAAGAGCAGAUGAAGAAUAAGCUUAACAAUGAAACAAGUACAAAACCGCAAACGCCUCAGCGUUCAUCGUCACAGCAGACCGGCGCUUCCGGGUCUGCCGGUUCGUCGGCCAGCAACCGCAAGAGCCGCCUACUAGAUCUGUUCUAUCAUCGAUGAGGAGAAGCCCGAACUGUACGAACUAAGCGAAAAACAAUUGAUCAGUCCUCAAAUAAGAGAAGCUACUCGGUGGCAGGCCAUACGGCUAAGCUGAGGAAGCGGCUCACAUUGCAUUUAUAUUCAAAAUCUAACCUAUUGUAACUGUCUUGGGUCGCUUCCACUGUUUUGAAUAUCAAACGUUUUAACAGCUCUCCGUUUCCGAGGUACCGUCGGUAGCUUCAGGGCCUGAAUGGGGACCAUGUGAUAGUGAACUGAUCAACGUUUCUACUGACUAUUGAUUUUUUUUAUAAGUGGUCUACCAAAAAUCAAAUCUGGGACCUUAAGACAACAGUAUUUUUGUAUGGAGAACUAUAGUAAAAAUCGUUUUUUAACAGUCAGAUCUUUUCAAAAUAACCGAAAGCAAAUUAAAGAACAUAUCUUUUAUAUUCUGCAUCGCAGUUUACUUACAUAAUAAUAACAAUUGGCAACCCACAGACCUUCAUUAAACCUUAACGAAGCGGAAACGAUUUAAUAAUUUAAAGAACGUGUAAUUUAUGUAGCUAAAGUUAACAUUUUACAGCCCGGUGUAACCAAAAAUUUGUAACGUGAGAAUUGGAUUAUUGAAGCGUACUUACUGUAAUGAUAAUUUAAAUAACGAAUAACAUCAAAACUAACAUAAACCAUUGUGUGUACCAUCUGUGUAUGAGUGUAUUGUUCCUUUUUUUCUCGCUCUAACCGGCAUAAACGAUGCGAUGUUCUCUCUUGUUCUGACUGCAGGACGAUCCUGCCAGGAAGUGAUCUACAGGGACAGCGUUAGAACGAGAGGGUUGUGAUACUUAUUUGCAAACUCAAACACCCUGAAACGGAUGGGCACCUUUGUACUAUUAUAUAAUAGCGCUCUAUUAAUUAAUCUGAUACCGCACUAGAGAAGAUUACUCGAAAAGAUGAGCUGAGUGAUAAAACGAAUGCCUUUUUAUCGAAACAACAGAAUCAAAAUUUUGAUGCGUAAAAACAUGAAAAUGGUAUAAAUGAACAAGAUAUGCAUGAGUUAUGUAAAUAUAUGAUUAAAUCUGUUGGAAAAUUUCUUAUUGAUGAAAAUACUUUGUUCACGUACCAUUUGAUCAAAUCACGAUAGGGAUCUAAUCAUCAUUAGUUCAAUUAAAAUCUGAAAAGAUCGACCACUGAAGUUGGAUUUUUCAUUCGUAUCAUGCGUUCAGCCUAACUUCAAAAGUAGAAUGCUGUAGCAUUGGAUAAUAAUUCUUCUCCCCUAGUUGAUUUUUUCUGAUAUUAAUUGAGUUGAGUAUAUUAUGAUUGCAGUUGAUAAUGUUGUGCGAAUUCUAUUGAAAGGAACCCCAAGAUAACUCCAGUUUCGUGAUUGCAAGCAUAGUAGCACCUGUUGCUUUUUAGACCAUCCUAUUAAACAAAAUUCUCGAAGCAGUGCUUUACUGUUUGAAAAGUAAAGCACUGCUUUGAGAAUCUGGUUUAAUAAGGUGGACCGAAAACCAACAGCAACCAUAAAUAGGAUUCGAAUGCUAAUCUAUACAAUGCUGAAGCUGAUAGCUGACUCUGUCAAGUAAUCUUAUUUGUAACUGUUGUAACUGAAAACGCAAAAAUGAUAGAAAUAAAGUAAUAAAGAUGAGAUUAA